UCACACCAACACAGGACUGACGUUGAGCCGACGAGCCAUCAGGACGGAACUGUGCAGAUCUGUCGACACACACACACACACACACAUAUGCAUGUCGAUGACCGUCGACGCCAAGGUGUACUCUCACUUGUAGAAGAUCUGACCUCGGUGUGGGCCGCCCUGCUUGUCAGAUGACGACGACAGCCUGCAGAUCAGAUGGACAAACAGGAGGACACGUUGAUCAACAUGUGGAGUCUGUUGCACAUCCAUCCCAUCACGCAUACCGCACCUGACAGAGGGCGUCCACAGCACAGAGGUAGUCACGGCAGAUCUGUGCUCCACUUUGCCGACCUCUUCGUUGAUCAAUGCCGUUGCCGCCUCACUGUCGCAAUCUGGCAGAUGAGAUGGCCAUAUCUGGGCUACUUUCAACGGGAGAACACACUGCGAGCUCAAGCUCGAGCGGCAU